AUGGGGACUGCUGUCCGUGGCCCCCUUGCCCUGGCCCUGUUGUCUUUCCUGGGGCUGAGCACCUGCGUCCGGAGCCUCAACCCAGACGACCCCAAUGUCUGCAGUCAUUGGGAAAGCUACGCCGUGACUGUCCAGGAGUCCUACGCUCAUCCCUUUGACCAGAUCUACUAUACCAGGUGCACUGACAUCCUCAACUGGUUCAAGUGUACCAGGCACAGGAUCAGCUAUAAGACGGCUUACCGGCGGGGAGUGAGGACCAUGUACCGACGCCGCUCGCAGUGUUGCCCUGGUUACUUUGAGAGUGGAGACUUGUGUGUUCCACUGUGCACCGAGGAGUGUGCGCAUGGUCGGUGUGUGUCUCCUGAUACGUGCCAGUGUGAGCCUGGCUGGGGAGGACUGGACUGCUCCAGUGGCUGUGAGAGUGACUACUGGGGCCCCCACUGCAGUAACCGGUGCCAGUGUCAGAAUGGGGCCAAGUGUAACCCCAUCACAGGGGCCUGUGUCUGUACGGACGGCUACCAGGGCUGGCGUUGUGAGGAGCCGUGUGAGCAGGGUUACUACGGCAAACUGUGCCAGCUCCCUUGCCAAUGCCUCAAUGGCGCCACCUGCCACCACGAGACAGGAGAGUGUAUCUGCGCACCGGGGUACUCUGGGGCCUUCUGUGGAGAGCGCUGCCCCUAUGGCAGCCACGGGUCCCAGUGUGAGCAGCGUUGCCCCUGUCAGAAUGGAGGGACGUGCCACCACAUCACAGGAGAGUGCUCAUGCCCGGAAGGAUGGGCGGGUUCCGUUUGUGCCCAACCAUGUCACGCUGGCAAGUAUGGUAUCAACUGCAGCAAAGACUGUUCCUGCCGCAACGGAGGGAUGUGCGACCACAUCUCUGGGCAGUGUCAGUGCACUGCAGGCUACAGUGGGCGCAGGUGUCAGGAAGAGUGUCCGGUGGGGAGCUAUGGUCCUCAGUGUGCCCUUCGCUGUGACUGUCAGAACGGAGGCAAAUGUUACCACAUCAACGGGGCGUGCCUGUGCGACACAGGGUUUAAAGGGCCGCACUGUCAGGAGAGGUUCUGUCCUCCGGGCCUCUACGGCCUCAUCUGCAACAAGUACUGCCCUUGCAACGCCUCCAACACUCUCAGCUGCCAUCCCCUGUCUGGAGAGUGCACCUGUGCUGCUGGGUGGACAGGGCUGUACUGCAACGAAACCUGCCCUCCUGGUUUCUAUGGCGAAGGCUGCAUGCUGCCAUGUAACUGUGCCAACGGGGCCGACUGCCAUGGCGUCACCAGCGCCUGCAUAUGUGCACCUGGUUUCAUGGGAGACGACUGCUCCUCCAGCUGCCCUCCUGGUCUCUACGGCUCCAGCUGCUCCUCCACGUGUUCCUGCCACAACCACGCCUCCUGCUCACCCGUCGACGGCUCCUGCAUCUGCAGAGAAGGCUGGCAGGGCGUAGACUGCUCCAUCCUGUGCUCCAGUGGCACCUGGGGACUGGGCUGCAACCACACCUGUCUGUGCGCCAACGGGGCCGACUGCGACCCCAUGGACGGCGCCUGCACCUGCUCCCCCGGGUGGAGAGGAGAGCACUGCACGCUGGCCUGCCCCGAUGGCACCUACGGGCUGGACUGUCGGGAACGUUGUGACUGUAGCCAUGCCGACGGCUGUGAUCCAGUGAGCGGCUUCUGCCACUGUCUAGCAGGCUGGACAGGUAUUCACUGUGAUAAUGUGUGUCCCCAAGGGUUCUGGGGCCCCAACUGCUCUGUGACCUGCUCCUGUCAGAACGGGGGCUCCUGCUCCCCGGAGGACGGCACGUGUGUGUGUGCUCCGGGCUACCGUGGGACCUCCUGCAAGAGAAUCUGCUCUCCUGGGUUCUAUGGGCACCGCUGUAGCCAGUCAUGCCCACAGUGUGUGCACAGCACAGGGCCGUGCCACCACGUCACGGGUCACUGCGAGUGCCUGUCCGGCUUCUCCGGCUCUCUGUGCAACCAAGUGUGUUCCAGUGGCAGGUACGGAAAAGCCUGUGGUGAGAUUUGCCUCUGCACCAACAACGGCACCUGCAACCCCAUCGAUGGGUCCUGCCAAUGCUUCCCAGGCUGGAUUGGAGAGGACUGCUCUCAUGCCUGCCCCCCAGGGUACUGGGGUCCUGACUGCCUCAACUCAUGUAACUGUCACAACGGAGCCCAGUGCAGUGCCUAUGAUGGGGAGUGCAGGUGCAGCCCUGGCUGGACUGGUCUCUACUGCACACAGCGCUGUCCAUCUGGGUUUUACGGCCGGGACUGUUCUGAGGUCUGUCGCUGUCAGAACGGAGCCGACUGUGACCACAUGACCGGCCAGUGUGCCUGCCGAACAGGCUUUAUCGGGACCAGCUGUGAGCAGAAGUGCCCUCCGGGCACCUUUGGUUACGGCUGCCAGCAGCUGUGUGAGUGCAUGAACAACGCCACCUGCGACUACGUGACCGGAACGUGCUACUGCAGCCCCGGGUACAAAGGCAUCCGCUGCGACCAAGCGGCUUUGAUGAUGGAGGAGCUGAACCCCUACACUAAGAUCAGCCCCGCCCGGGGCUCUGAGCGCCAGUCGGCAGGCGCGGUCAUGGGCAUCAUCUUCCUCCUGCUCAUCAUCAUGGCUAUGCUCAGCCUGUUUGUGUGGUACCGACAGAGGCAGAGGGACAAAGGCCACAAUCUGCAGCCCAGUGUGGCCUACACGCCCUCUCUGCGCAUCACCAGCACUGACUACUCCCUGUCUGAGUGUGGCAGCACCGUAGCCAUGAGGCCCAGCACCCUGGAGGUCCCUCCCAGCAGCAGCACCAGCAGCAGCAGUGCCGGCCAGUGCUUCUCCAACCCCAGCUACCACACCGUGGCCCAGUGCACCAUCACCUCGUCCAUCUCCAACAGUCUGGACGGCACGCUCACCCUCAAGUCCAACACCCUGAAGGCAGGCAGCAGCGGCUCAGAGUGGAGGGCCUACUGCAAUCUCAACGACUUAGAUGUCCAACAAGGUGACACACAGACACAGAGAACGUCCAGACAAGAUUACAUCAAGGGCUCCAUGUGCAGCAACAGCUCGUGCUCCCUGAACAGUGAGAACCCUUACGCCACCAUCAGGGACCCGCCUGGCUUGGCGUGCAAGCACACUGAGAGCAGCUACGUGGAGAUGAAGUCCCCCUCCCACCGCGACCUGCCCUUCUGUGGCACGGCCGCAGGGCUCCCCUCUGCCAGCAGGAACAUCUACGACGUGGAGCCGACUGUCAGCGUUCUUCAGGGUCCAAACGGAAUGGCAACCGGUUUCUCCCAGAAUCCCUACGACCUUCCCCGCAACAGCCACAUCCCCAGCCACUACGAUAUCCUGCCCAUGCGUCACAGCCCCACGCCCUCUCCCCCGCUGCCCCAGGAGAGCCCCAGCUCCCUGCUCUAGAGGCCGGGACCGCUCCCUUUGGCCCCUGACUUGGAGCCCAGACUUCGGGUCUCCAUUCAGCCAGCAGCCCUCCCUCUGUCUCUGCAUGGUGACCCGAGGGUGUAGAGACGGAGCGAGGGCUGCUGCUCCGCUGGACCUGGUUGCCUCCCUCUGUUUACACCUCCCCGAGGACACCGUGGGAGAGAGAGGGAGGGCAUCUGUCCACCUCUGGAGACACACCCACAUUCACCAGCAACCACACACCUGGAUUCUUUUACUUUCAAGUGGGAUCACCACAAACUGUCUUCAGUGGAUCAGUCCACUCAUGGCGUCAGGACUACAUAAAUAGAAUGGUCAAGCAACCGAUCCCUCCGUCCAUCUGUAGGACUUUGGUUCACUCGAGACUCGUGCGAUGCAGUGGUAUACAGAUGUGUUGGGAGCAGUCAAAAGUUUCCAAUGUCCUGUCAGUAGACAGACAGGUGUGUUGGCAAGACGCAAGGGGUAUCUGCCUCCUCUGUGUCACCUGGAGAAUGUCAACGCAGAUGCCCCAAUCUGAAUCACAUCACGGCAGUGAGAAUCUCGGGGUGGGACCGGAUGAGGAGAUGCCAUCGAAACAGAACACAGACACGGACUGAACAUGCAAUUUCUGGGAAUCUACUGUGAGAACUGAUCCACAGUCAGACAGCUAGAGAUGAUGGGUACUGGGUUCCUGUGCUGUUAUAUCUUAACGUCUGUCUAAGAGAUUGGAUCUCUGCUCAAACUAAUCAAGCAUGGUUAAAUAGUAAGAUAUAGUAAUGGUCUCUGAUUAACUGUAGUGAUCAAUGAUCCUUCAAUGAUCACGACAAACUCAUCAGACCUACUGUAGAAGUGUUUACUAUGUGAAAGCAUUCUUCUUUCUCAUGUUUGUUUACAUAUUUGAACCGCCAGUGAGUACAAAGGGAUUUCUUUGGCCUUUAUGUUUUGUAUUUAUGAUGUAAUUGGUUAUUUAUUUAUUAUUGAUACAUUAGUGAUAGUGGACUUUGUUUUCUGUGGUAUUCGAUAAAAAAAACAAGCAUGAACCAAUUAUGAAUACAAAAUGUAGAUAUCACAUGAUUCAUCUGGUGAGAUGUGUGUCCUUUGUGCACAUGAAGUGUGAUUCUUUUUUUAGAAUGAUCAAUGUGUACUGGGAGUGAUAAUUAUGAUGUAACUGUUCAAUUGGAAAAUGUUCACAAAAAGUGAUAUGUAAGAAAUAUUUUGAAUUUGUUUUGUAAUGCUAAUUGUUUUAUUGCUUUACUGGUUGAUCAUUCAUCUUUAGAAUCUCACUCCCCUGUAGAAGCAAUAACAUGCUGACAAUCACACCCAGUAUUUAUUUUGCACUGGACAUUAUAAUGUACCUGUUGAAGUGUUCUAUAUACAUUGGCAUACACUGUCUGGAACAGAGAACACUCUCACAGUGCUAUCCUUACUCCAAUGUGGUUUUGGAGACUGUUUCACUUUUUAGAAAAAGUAAUGCCCCAGUUACUGU